AUGUCCUCCACCGUUCCUUCAGUGGUUUCAACCACUCAACCCACUGUCUCAUAUCGCUCUCUGGCAUUAUCUCUGAGUGAAGAUAGCCCCGAUAUCCGCCAGAAGUAUCGACCGUUUAUUCUGGAGGACAAUGCAACGGAGGACUGGAUCAACAACUUAGACCUGAGCACCGUAGCGGAUAUGGCAGAAGAUAACCUGCGGGUUACAAACCAGAGGCUAAAAGUUCUAGUACUCUAUGGCAGUCUUCGAAAAAGGUCAUAUUCCAAACUGGUGGCAUUGGAAGCUUCACGUAUCCUCUUCCGGCUUGGUUGUGACGUACGCGUCUUUGACCCCGAAGGUCUCCCCAUGAAGAACGAGAGUGAUGUCUCUCAUCCCAAAGUACAGGAGCUCCGAGAACUCAGUUUAUGGAGCGACGGUCAUGUCUGGGUCUCGCCUGAACAGCACGGCAAUUUGACUGCUGUUUUCAAGAAUCAGAUCGAUUGGAUUCCGUUGAGUACCGGGAGCGUCCGUCCCACCCAAGGCCGAACACUGGCCAUCGCCCAGGUGUGCGGUGGAUCCCAAUCAUUCAAUGCGGUCAACUCUUUGCGUAUCCUAGGUCGGUGGAUGCGUAUGUUUACCAUUCCCAAUCAGUCCUCGAUUCCCAAGGCAUAUACCCAGUUUCCGGAUGAAGGGCAGCCAGGAGAUCAACGACUGAUGCCCAGUGGUAACCGAGAUCGUCUGGUGGAUUGCAUGGAGGAAUUUGUCAAAUAUACGAUUCUGAUGCGGCCUCACAUUGGUCUUUUCGGUGAUCGUUUUAGUGAGCGGGAGGAAAAGAAAAGGAAGGAAGAAAGGCUAGAUGCGACUGCUAAGUGA